AUGGCGCCCACUGAACAAGUCAAAUUCCAAGAUGUCGAGCUCGAUACCACUGAGAAGGCUCAGGUAUCUGAGUCGGAGUCCGUGUCAGACAAUGGUCGAACCAUGCAGUCGUUCGUAUCUCGUCCUCCUCCCCCAAAGAAAUCCAUCCAUGACGCAGACCUCAUCCCUGAGGCCACGGCUGGCUUCACCAGUCUUCUAUGGUUCACCUGGAUAACGCCUCUGCUUUCCCUUGGCUAUGCUCGUCCACUCGAGUCAUCAGACCUGUAUCGACUCCAGGAAGAACGCGGCGCCUUGCCAAUUGCCGAAGCUAUUUUAGCAUCGUUCAAGACUCGACAAAAAAAGGCUGCUGAAUACAACGAGCGUUUGACCAAGGGCGAAAUUAGCCCAGGGUUGAGGGGGCUAUGGUGGUCCAUAAAGGGCGUCCGCACAAAACGCGAGAAGCAAUGGAGGGAAAAGGGCGGAAAACGCAAGGCAAGUCUCAUUUUAGCAAUGAAUGACAGCAUCUUUUGGUGGUUUUGGUCUGCUGGCAUUUUGAAAGUCAUCGGUGACACAGCACAAAUCACUAGUCCCCUUGUCGUCAAGGCGAUCAUUAAUUUUGCCACGGUGUCUUACACAAACCAUCUAACUGGUCAAUCAACGCCUGCAAUUGGCCAGGGAAUUGGCCUUUCAUUUUGCUUACUGGCUUUAGUACUCAUCGCGUCAUGGUCCUCCAAUCACUUCUACUACCGUAGCACGACCAGCGGUGUCCUUCUUCGUGGUGGUCUUAUCACGGCGAUAUACUCGAGAUCACUUCAACUAUCCGCAAGAGCUCGCGUCAACUUAAGCAAUGGAGAAUUAGUCAACCACAUAUCCACUGACGUCUCCCGGAUAGAUUUCUGCAUGAGCUACUUCCACAUGUCAUGGACGGCUAUGAUUCAACUCACUAUUUGCCUGAUCUUAUUAUUGAUCAAUCUCGGCCCGAGUGCACUCGCCGGUUUUGCGCUUCUCCUUGUCACGUCGCCCUUCCAGACCUAUGCUGUAAAACGUCUCUUUUCCCUUCGGAUGAAAAGCAUGGCGUGGACGGACAAGCGUUCCAAGGCUUUACACGAGGUCCUCAGCGGCAUGCGUGUCAUCAAGUUUUUUUCCUGGGAAGUUCCAUUCCUGAAGCGUAUUUCUGACUAUCGACGGAACGAGAUGGCAUAUAUCCGCACCCUCCUGAUCAUCAAAUCCGCAAUGAACGCCCUUGCUAUUUCUCUCCCGAGUCUCGCUUGUGUCGUUGCCUUCGUCACGUAUUCGUUGACCGGACACAGUCUUACAGCGGCGAAUAUAUUCACUUCGUUGACUCUGUUCAACUUGGCCCGCUUGCCUUUAAUGUUCUUACCCUUGUCUCUGAGCAGCAUUGCUGACGCAGCCACAGCAUGCGACAGACUGCUGGCUGUGUUCGAAGCAGAAACGCUUGACGAGAUACUCGCCAUAAAUUGCGACCUGGAUGCCGCCGUCAGAGCUGAAGGUGUCAGCUUUACUUGGGAUGGUCUGCCCCCUCGGCCCGAGGAUCCAAAAAAGAAGGCCAAGGGUAGCAAGAUGGGCAUGAAUGCGGGCAAGCGAAAGCUUCCUUCAACACCUCCACCAGCUCUUGCAGAUGGUGGAAAUAUUUUCAAAGUCACGGACAUUGACUUGGAAAUUCCACGGGGCCAACUCGUUGCCAUCGUUGGUGCCGUUGGCGCAGGAAAAACCUCCCUCCUUCAAGGUUUGAUUGGCGAAAUGCGACGGACUUCUGGUAAUGUUGAAUUCGGUGGCUCCGUUGGUUAUUGUGCCCAAGUCGCUUGGAUCCAGAAUGCAACCAUUCGGGAAAACAUCUGUUUUGGUCGUCCAUUUGAAGAAGAGCAUUACUGGAAGGCUGUUCGAGAUGCAUGCUUAGAGCCUGACUUGGAGAUGUUGCCCAAUUACGACCUUACAGAAGUUGGCGAGAAGGGUAUCUCACUCUCUGGUGGCCAAAAGCAGCGUAUCAAUAUAUGUCGCGCGAUCUAUUGCAAUACCGACAUCCAAAUAUUCGACGACCCGCUGUCUGCUCUAGAUGCACACGUCGGAAAGGCAGUAUUCCAGAAUGUACUGAAGAAAAAUGCAGACAAAACUCGCAUCCUGGUUACCCAUGCCCUCCACUUCCUUCCUGAGGUCGACUUUAUAUAUACUCUGGUUGACGGGCGUAUUGCCGAACGUGGCACAUACGCCGAACUCAUGGCUAAUGACGGUGCAUUCUCUAAAUUUGUCUUUGAAUUUGGGUCAAAGGAGGAUUCUACGAAGAAAGAAGAGAAAGCAGUGGAUGGUGGAAAGAUCGAAGACAUAAAGAUUCAGAAAGGAUCCGCCGGGAAAGCGAUGAUGCAAGAGGAAGAGCGCAAUACUGGUUCCAUAAAGUGGGGAGUAUACCGAGAGUAUGUCGCAGCAGCUCACGGCCCUGUGCUCUUGCCGCUGUUGCUGCUGUCUGUAAUCCUCAUGCAAUGCUCCAGUAUCAUGUCUUCAUAUUGGCUCAUAUACUGGGAAGAAGAGUGCACUGGCAUCUACGCCGCUCUUGGUGUCUCCCAGGCGUUGACAAUGUUCAUGAUGGGAGGUGUACUUGCAAUACUCACUUACUAUGCUUCCCAGCAGUUGCACGGGAGAUCAAUUCAGCGAGUCAUGUAUGCCCCGAUGAGUUUCUUUGAGACAACGCCUUUAGGCCGCAUUAUGAAUCGCUUUACCAAAGAUAUUGACACUGUGGAUAAUUUAAUUGGCGAUUCCUUCAGGAUUUUCGCAUCAACAGGAUCACAAAACAUCGGGGCAAUCAUUCUCGUAUCCAUCAUCAUACCAUAUUUCCUUAUCGUGGUCUUCUUCGUCUUAAUCUGCUAUUACUAUGCUGCAUUAUUCUACCGUGCGAGUGCACGUGAGUUGAAGCGUUUGGAUGCACUCCUGCGAUCCUCACUUUAUUCUCACUUUUCUGAGUCAUUAUCGGGCUUGACUACCAUUCGGGCUUACGGCGAAUUCGACCGAUUCCGCGUAGAAAAUAUUCAGCUCAUUGAUGUCGAGAAUCGUGCUUACUGGCUGACGGUUGUCAACCAGCGAUGGCUCGCCAUGCGUCUUGAUUUCCUCGGCGCGUUACUGACUCUCGCCGUCGCACUGUUGACUGUUGGAAUUCGAUUCAGCAUCUCUCCAGGGCAAACCGGUGUGACGCUCUCGUAUAUGGUCAUGAUGCAACAGUCUUUCGCAUUCAUGGUCCGUCAAGCUGCUGAGGUUGAGAACAACAUGAAUUCCGUGGAGCGUCUCGUGCACUACGCGAAAGAGGUCGAACAGGAGGCCGCGCAUGAGGUCGAAGACAGUCCUGCGCCGGCCGACUGGCCUUCUCGUGGCGAAAUCGUCAUGAUGGAUGCAGUUAUGAGAUACCGCCCAGAGUUACCACCUGUUCUGAGGGGCCUGAGUAUGUCUCUCUCUCCUGGAGAGAAGAUUGGUGUCGUUGGCCGGACUGGUGCUGGGAAAUCAUCCAUUAUGACCGCUAUCUAUCGCAUGGUGGAACUAGCAUCUGGGUCGAUAUCCAUAGAUGGCGUGGACAUUUCGACCGUUGGUUUAGCACAGCUCAGAAGAAAGUUAUCGAUUAUCCCUCAGGAUGCGGUAAUCUCCGGUACUCUCCGGACUAACCUUGAUCCUUUCGGGCUACACGAUGACGCCAAGCUUUAUGAUGCACUGAAGCGAGCGUAUCUUGUGGAGUCAGACAGUGAUCUUCCGUCUAUGACAUCGCCCCCUGCUGAAGGGCAAUCGGCGCCUAGAUUUAGUCUUGACAGUCCUGUCGACGACGAAGGCAGUAAUUUGUCGAUUGGACAACGUUCUCUUGUCUCUCUUGCGAGAGCUCUCGUGAAUGACACCAAGAUCCUAAUUCUUGACGAGGCUACGGCUUCCGUCGAUUACGAGACCGACAGCAAGAUCCAACAUACCAUUGCUAAUGAGUUUAAAGAACGCACAAUCCUGUGCAUUGCACAUCGUCUCCGGACUAUCAUUGGAUAUGACAGGAUAUGCGUGAUGGAUGCUGGGAUGAUUGCUGAAUUCGAUACUCCUGUUAAUCUCUUCGCCAUGCCAGAUGGUGUAUUCCGCGGAAUGUGCAAACGAUCUUCUAUCACUCUUGAUGACAUUCUUUCUGCAUCCAAGCAUGCAGCGUAA